AUGGCGGCACGAAAGGCGGACGCCUCGCCGCGGUCGCAACUGAGUAGAUCAAGUUCACAUCCGCAGCCAAGCGAACGCUCAGGAUUUUUGAGGCAGACGUCCGACUCCGGUGCCGUGUCUUUUGCCCGGCGAGCAGGCUCGCCUGCCGUGCAGGGCAACGUGCGGGGCCUGCUCAAAUUUGCCAAGGACAAUCCAGCGGCCUUCGCGCUUUCCAUUGAGAUGUUGCGCGCGCAAGACGACAUCAAGCGCGACGCUGGGGCAAGGCGAGGGCCGAGCCCUUAUCUCAAGCUGGCCAUGGACAGCUGGAACGGGCGGCAAAUCUCCCCACUCUCGCCAAGCGAGGGCGUCAAUCUGAGCCCGUUUUCGGUCACGUCACCUACACUAUCCCCGAGUAUAUUUCAGACAGACGAGCACCCGGGGCUUCAGCCCGAAAAGAGUCAGCCAAGCUACAGCUGGAGUGACGUGAAGAGGAAUUCUGCAGGAGUAGUUACAGGCUUUCGUUCCGCGAGGGCACUUGCGCAGUGCCUUCAGAGAGGUGCGAGCUGUGUCGUUUCGCUCUAA